AUGCGGUGGCAGACAACGUUUACGGCAGCGACUGUGGUACUGGUCAGAUUCGAAACUGCGUUAAUUUCAUGUUUUAAUCUAAAAAAUUAUGACGGUGUCAGAGAUAAAAAAGAUAUCGAGGAAAGAUGUGACCAGAUUCCAAAUCAUGUAGCUAUCAAAAUUGCCCUUGAACUGAAGAAGCUGCUCAUAGACAACAGCCUUUUAGAUGUGCAUGCUACUACCUAUCUAUUCCCUUUAUCUUUUUACGAUGUUGAAUUUUCAUUUUUUUCUUUCAUAACCUUGAUGUUAAUCGAUUACCUCAAGAGAAUCGUCACGGACGUUAUUCAUGAUCCAGGUUGUAGUGCUCCUCUCGCUAAUGUUACCUUCCGUCAUCUCUUUCUCUAUAAGAACCAAGAUGAACUUUUUGUUGCUGCUGAAGGUUUAUACACCGAGCAAUUCAUCUACUGCGGUAAAAAGGCUACCCUAGUCGUUGAUAACGUGAUUCCUCUGAGAUCUAUCCUAGAGGGAGUUGUUAUCUGCAAUAUUGAAGGCCACGUCGGUGACUGCGGUGUCAUGGCUCGAGCCUCCUAUGAUUAUGCUAUUGUUAUCAGUCACAACCCUAAUAACAACACAUCUAAGAUCAAACUUCCUUCUGGUUUAAAAAAGAUUGUGUCGAGUGAUUGUAGGGCUAUGAUUGGGCAAGUAACUGGCAGUGGAAGAACCGAGAAGCCAUUAUUAAAGGUUAGCAAUUCUUACCACAAAUUUAGAGUGAAGAUAAACUGUUGGCCUAAGGGUCGCGGUGUUGGCAUAAAUCCAGUUGAGCAUCCCCACUGA